CCAUGCCGAUGCUCUCGCUCGUCUCGGUGGCCUUUCUCAAGUGCGUCUUCGCCGAGGGCGUCGUCCCCGUCUUUGCUCGCUGCUUCCGAGACAUUGCGACUCUUCGUGAGCUGCGCCUUGACGGAUGCCGCGACUUGAGCAUGACGUCGCUCAUGACGCUCACGGGGCUCUGCGACCGCGUCGAGGUGCUCCAUCUCACGUCGUGCAAGCUCCCCCGACAGGCGGGGCUCAUUCUGGGACAGAGCCUCGCGUCCUGUGGGCACCUCGUGAGCCUCGUCCUCAGCCACAACAACCUUGGCGACGGUGGCGUCCGUGCCAUCGCCGACGCAUUUGACCCGCACAAGAAGAGCCACCGCCGAAAGCCUCUCGGCCCGCUGGAGCUCUUGGACCUACGCGACAACGGUAUCUCAAACGCCGGCUUUGCGUCCGUCCUUGGUAUCGGUGCCCGCCACCUCAACGUGAGCCACAACAAAAUCACGUCGGUCCACGAGCUCUCGGUGCGCCGGCCGUCGCACCUCUGCUCGCUCGACAUUUC